AGCUUCAGGAUUUCUUGCAUAUACAUUGAAAGUAGCACAAAACAAAGAUGGCUGCGCCCUGCAGAAGGAUGGCAGGUCGGUCUCUCUCACAGUUUCUGUCUUGUUUUAGCAGGACAUCAGUCGGGAACACGGGGUUUCGUCAGUUCUCCAACACGUCUGUUUGUCGGGAAAGUCGGAAGACCGAAAAUGUGACGGAAUCAGCGCGUUCACCGUGGACUGUGAUGGCAGCCGUGUGUCUGCAGAGGCUUCCGGUCAUUACAGCGGACUGCAGCCCGAUGGAGCAGCAGUUCGGACAGAUGAUAAACCAGAUGGAGCUGGAGAAAAGCGUGCUGACGGACCACGAGCUGCGGCUGCAGGAGGAAGCUGAGAGACUGAGGCGUUUGCAGGCAGGCGAAUACGACUCUGAUGAAGAGGACAACCAAAUGAAACAGGAGAUAAUUUUGGCUCAGGACCUGGAAGACCUCUGGGAGCAGAAGCUGAAGAACUUCCAGCCAGCGCAGAGAGUCAACGCUGACGUAGAUAAAGACCUGACCUCGGCGGAGCGCUGCCUGGCCGACACGCUGCUUCUUCUGGCGGAGCAGCAGGUCGGGGGGGAGAAGCUGUGGCUGCUGCCUCAGACUCAGUGGCAGGACGGAGAGACGCUGCGGCAGACGGCAGAGAGAGCCCUCCACUCCCUGCCAGCGGCUGAUUUCAAGGCGACUUUCCUGGGCAACGCGCCCUGCGGAGUGUACAAGUACAAACUGCCGAGAGCCGCUCGGACGGAGAGCUCGGUGGGAACAAAGGUGUUCUUCUUCAAAGCCGUUCUGUCGGACGGCGCUCCCCCCGCCGCCCCCGACGCUCCUUUUCUGUGGCUGAAGAAAGGUGAACUGCAGGGCUUCCUGAAGCCGGCGUACAAGACGAAGGUCGAACGCUUCAUCCUCGGCCUGUGACGCUGAACGCAGAACAAUAUUUAUGAGGCUCAGAAAGUUAUCUGUCGUCUGGUUCCAUAAAAGGUUCUUUUGUUGACGAUACGUGUUGUACUGUAGAAAUAAAUAGUUUUUCCAAACA